AUGCAGGGCUUCAUGGGGCUCGGCCAGUCGACGGGGCCGUCCUCAGGGCCUCUUGGGCAGCGCGCUGGGGGUGGAUCGCCUGAGGCUGCGUAUAAACCGUACGGUGCAAACGCCGGUCUUAAAGACGUCGGCUCUGGCGUGGGCGUCGGUCAAGGUGGAGUGGGUCAGGGCCCGCAGACCCGCGGCAGCGUGCAGCAGCCAUCUCAGGGAAGCUUCUACGCUGCCCAGCGCUUCGGGGCUGGUGCAUCUAAUGUCCCCCAGAAUCAACAGGCGCAACAACACCAGCCGCAAGGACAAGGUCCUCAGGGUCAUCUAGGAUACCCCCAAGGCGGUUCCGAUGCCGGUAACUUCUACUCAUAUCAGCCUAGGCAGCAACAGGGCUACUGGCAGUAA